GGGCGUGUCCCGUCCGUAUAAGAGUUCUAUACGGUCACUCCGUCCAGUUCAUUCCUGGCAAGCGCAGCUGAUUUAUCUGCUUCGCUAUCGAUAUUUAUAAAUUAUUAUAAUAAUUAUUAUUAUUAUUGACAACAUUAAGCACUUUUAUUAUCGUGGGUAUUUUAAGGAGUACAUUUUUUUAAAUAUAAAUAUAAAAAAUUAAUCCAAAAAAAUUUUCGUUUCAAUUUUUAAUUUCGUUUCAUAGCGAGAUUAUUUUGGAGGUUUAAAAAAAAAAUGUUUACGUUUUAAAUUAUUUGCGUUAAUACAUUUCUAUUAUUUACAUUACUUCAUACUGGUCGCGUCUUGCUCUAUCCACUGCUGCUACCUGGGCGAACCGGAAUCCAGACGGAACGAAUCAACCAAAACCGGUUUCCACCGAACUAAAACCCAAACCGUUUGGAUUCGCAACCCGAAAGAAAAUCGACGUUCGGAUUGGAAUCGUUAUCGGAAUCGAUUCCGCAACCGGAUUACCGAUAAGAAGGCGGCAGUUCCCAUCCUUGGUCCGGGAGGAAUCGACGGCAGUGUAUUUGAGCAAUCGAUCCGACGCGACUCGCAUUGGAAUGCACGAGGAUUUGACGCCGUGACGGAAUCGACACUAGGCGGAGUCGAAAUCGACGCCUAUGCUCCCGGAGUCUCCCGCUGGCUCUGGGAGCCUCUGUAGACCCCUGCCGUGCCGCUGUCGGGAGGAGGCCUGGAGCCAUGAUGCUGACGUCGCCGCAGGACGCGGGGAGAGAGACACCGGGACAGCCGCCGGGACACGUGGAGCCCGAGACUCCGUCGGGCGGAGGAGGCGAUGGAGGGGUUCCUGUGGGGGGCUCCUUGGGGGGCUCCUUGGGGGGCUCCUUGGGGGGCUCCUUGGGGGGAUCCUUGGGGGGCUCCUUGGGGGGCUCUCUGACUAGAGAGGAGCGCCGGAGACGGAGACGAGCGACGGCCAGGUAUCGUACUGCUCACGCGUCUCGUGAGAGGGUCCGUGUGGAGGCCUUCAACUUGGCCUUCGGGGAGCUCCGCCGGCUCCUUCCGACUCUCCCCCCCGACAAAAAACUUUCCAAGAUCGAGAUCCUGCGCCUGGCCAUCUGCUACAUCUCCUACCUCAACCACGUGCUGGACGUCUGAUUGGUGGCAGACGGGGGAGGAGCCACCUGUGUUGUGAUGUCACAGUGAGGGCGGGCCGCGAAGGCCACGCCCCUCGCCCCACCCGCCCCAACCACCCCGCCCACCGCCGCCACCGCCCCCAGCUGUGAUGUCACAAUGAAGGCGGGGCGGCCGCGAAGGCCACGCCCCUCACCCCGCCCCCUGGCCCCGGCUGUGAUGUCACAGUGAGGGGGGCUGCGAAGGCCACGCCCCUCACCCCCUGGCCCCAGCUGUGAUGUCACAAUGAGGCGGGCCGCGAAGGCCACACCCCUCACCCCGCCCCCUGGCCCCGGCUGUGAUGUCACAGUGAGGGGGGCUGCGAAGGCCACGCCCCUCACCCCCUGGCCCCAGCUGUGAUGUCACAAUGAUGGGGGCUGCGAAGGCCACGCCCCUCACCUCACCCCAGCUGUGAUGUCACAAUGAGGGGGCCGCGAAGGCCACGCCCCUCACCCCCCGCCCCCUGCCGCGCCCCAGCUGUGAUGUCACAAUGAGGGGGCGUGGCCAGGAGGUGAGACACGGUGCCGUGACUUCGCAGCCAAUGGGAGCACAGUGGAACGUUUGGAGCGUGCUCCACCAUUGUGAUGUCACAAUGGGGGGGGAGGGCGGAGUGGUGACGUCACAAUGGGAGGGGGGGUCCGUGACGUCACGCCACCACCCCCCCCCCCCACCCAUGUGUUUGUUACGUCACGGGGGCGGGCUCGUCGGUGACGUCAUGGGGGCGGGCUCGUCGGUGACGUCAUGGGGGCGGGCUCGGUGGUGACGUCAUGGGGGCGGGCUCGGCGGUGACGUCGCCUAGCGACGAUGAACUGUUGUUGCCUAGGAAACGGGGGUGGUGGCGGCUGUCGCCAUGGAAACCGGGGGAAGAGGCUGUUGCUAUGGAGACCGGGGGAGGAGCCUGUUGCUAUGAUGACCGGGGGAGGAGCCUGUUGCUAUGGAGACCGGGGGAGGAGGCUGUUGCUAUGGAGACCGGGGGAGGAGCCUGUCGCUAUGAUGCCCGGGGGAGGAGCCUGUUGCUAUGGAUACCGGGGGAGGAGCCUGUUGCUAUGGAGACCGGGGGAGGAGCCUGUUGCUAUGGAGACCGGGGGAGGAGCCUGUUGCUAUGGAGACCACGUGACCCCCACGCCCAUCUCGCCAUCGCCUCGAUCCCUGUAGCUGUGCCAAAUGACUUUGUACAUCAACAUCACCAACAUCACCUGAAUCAUCAUCACCAUCAUCAUCAACAUCAUCACCAUCACCUACAUCAACAUCACCAUCAUCAUCACCAUCACUACCAUCAUCACUAACAUCAUCACCAACAUC